AUGAAAGGGAGUAUAAAAAACUGUCAAGUUGAACAUCUAGAAACUCCCAUCAAAUCGGAGAGUGAUGAGAAGGAAUAUAGAGCCAUCAGAUUACCAAAUGGUUUAGAAGCUUUGCUAAUAUCCGAUGUAUAUUUAACAACAUCCUUUUCUCAAGAAAAAAAGGCAGCAUGUAGCUUAUUCGUAGAUGUAGGAUAUUUCAGCGAUACAUCAGAAUUUCCGAACACAUCAUUUUUCUUAGGAAACAUGCUUUUUCAAGAAUUCGAGAAAUGUUUCGAGGAAUCAAGUACUACUAUGAAAAAUUUUAUUGAAAACCAUGAUGGCACUUAUUAUAUUGAAGUGGGCCCCGAACAUACAAUAUUUUACUUUGAUAUCGAAGAAAGCAACUUUUUUUCAGCUCUCUUCAAUUUUAGCCUUUUUUUUGUUGAACCUAUAAUACCGAAACAUGUAUUUAAACAAAUUGUCAUAAAAAACGAGUUUCAGAUAUUAUUUGGCAAGUCGAGAUACGAACAAUUAUUAUCUUCCUUCGCACAAAUUGGUCAUCCGAUCAACAAGUUUUCUGUGGAUCAUUUAAUAAAAUUGCGGAAUAAUAUAGAUUACGAUAAAUUGUACGAUGUACUGGACAAAUUUAAACAGCGCCACUAUUGCGGUCACAGAAUGAAGCUAGCAAUACAGUCAAAAUUUGGGCUGAAAACAAUGGAAAAAUUUGUCACAUUCUUUGCUGAUGUACCAAAUAACAGAAUGCCUCCAGAUAAUUUUUCCAAAUUUAAAAACAAUCGGCCUUUUGAUACUCCCGCUUUUCGAAAAAUGUAUAAAAUUAAAUUUUAUGAUGGACAUUUGAUAACACUAAGAAUAACGUGGGCUUUGCCUUCUUUUUCCGAUUUUUAUAAAUGUAAUUCAUAUCAAUAUAUCCCGUGGAUUAUUGGAUACAAAGGAGAAGGUUCCUUAAUUAGUUAUCUACGACAAAAAAUGUGGAGUCCUAUCAAAUGUGAGCAUCUAUCAGACAAUCAUAUAAUUAAUUGCAAGAGUCAACAAAACUCUUUGUACAACUUAAUACAGCUCAACAUAGUACUCACUUCUGAAGGACGAAAACACCUGGAAGAUGUUCUAGAUGCGAUAUUUUCUUUUAUCAAUUUACUAAAGAGAGCGGGUCCGCAAAAAGAAAUUUACAAUGACAUUUAUGAGUGUAAACAAAAUACUUUUAGAUUUACUGAUCACGAUAAAAAACCAAUCUCUUUUGUAAAUCAAUUGUGUAAGAACAUGCAUUUCUAUCCGCCGAAUGCUUAUUUAACUGGAAACCAGUUUGAUUCGAAUUAUAAUGCAAAAGUUAUACAAAAAUGUUUGAAUUAUUUGGUACCUGAGAUGGCGAAUAUUAUGAUUUUAUCAGAGAAUUUUAAUGAUUUCGAAUUAAAGAAAGUUGAACCAUGCUGGCAAAUGGCAUAUACGGAUAUUGAGAUACCGAAAGAGUGGAUCGAACAUUGGAAAGUUAUCGAGCCAUUACCAGAAUUUUUUUUACCGUCACCGAAUAUAUUCCUUACUAACAACCAUUUUCUAAUGCCGAUAUCAAAUAAAGCAAUUUCGAAAUAUCCUAUAAGAUUAUACUGUAAUUCUAUGUCGGAGAUUUGGUAUCACCAGGAUCCUAAGUUUUGUUCGCCGAAAUGUUGUAUGCAUUUCUAUUUUAUUUCACCUUUGAAACUUGAAUCGUUACAGAAUGGAGUUCUCAUGAAUAUGUACUGCACACUAUUGAAACAACUAUUAAUCGAAAAAUUAUAUCCAGCUGAACUGACUGGAUUUGAAUAUAUUACCAGACUCCUUAUGAAUGGUUUUACAUUAAAAAUAAGCGGUCUUAGUGAAACUCUGCCAGAUAUCACUUUGAAAGACUUUCAAGACUUUGUAAAAUCCUUUACUGAACAUCUGUACAUUCAAUGUCUUGUGCAAGGAAACAUGAUGCCAUCUGCUGCGAUUGAGACCGUACAGCAAUUUAUUAAAACAAUUAAUUGUAGUGCUUUACAUUCAAAUACAAUACAACAACUUAGAGGCACUCAAAUACCUUUGGGCAUAAGCUAUUACAAGAUUAAAAAUAUCACCAAAUUAGAUACAACUUCCGUGAUAAGAAAUUAUUAUCAAGCCGGUGUCACCACGAUUGAAUUAUCGACAUUAAUUUAUCUGUUAAGCUAUAUAAUGAACGAUAAGUUGUAUAAGGCUUCACCCGUUUAUAAAUUUAACCGUGCCGCAGUCGACGUUGUAGAGAGUAACGGAACUUUAGGAUAUUCCAUUACUGUUUACACUCAAGCACAUAAAUAUACAACCGAGUACGCUGAUAAGAAGAUCGAGGAAUUUUUGAGAUGGUUUAAAAACGAUUUGAAAGAGCUCACAGAAAAGAAAUUGGAUGUUUACAAAGAAACGUUUCUGAAAUCUAGAUCACAUGACGAUGGCGAUAUUGAAGACGAAAGAUACUGGUUUCAGAUUCUAUAUCAUACUUACAUAUUUAACUUACAUGAACAGGAAAUAGUUGCUCUAAAAAAUAUAAAUGUCAAAAAGCUGAGGGAAUGGUUUGCAGACCACACAUCGGACGGAAAUAAUUUUAGAAAAUUAAGUUUGCAUAUUGUGGGAACUAUUCCCAGUAAAGAGAAAUGCGUUAAUUUAGAAUAUAUAAACGACGAUCAUCAGCAGCGCAAGCCGAACAAAUAUCAUUAUAUUACUAAAGUAGAAGAUUAUAAGAAAAAACUCUUCACAUUUCCAAUUAAAUAUUCUAACAAAUCCUCUCAGAGAUAA